CCCCAAAAUCCGGCCCCGGGCGCGCCCCUCCCCCACCAUGAACCCCCCGAGCCUCGUUCUGGUUCUGCUGCUGCUGCUGCCCCCCGGCCGGCCCCGCCCCACGCGGAUUUUGGGGGGCUCCGAGUGUCCCCGCGCGGCGCACGCGGGGCUCGUGCGGCUGUUCCAGUUCGACCAGUUCGUGUGCGGGGGGGCGCUGGUGAGCGAGCGGUGGGUGCUGAGCGCCGCCCACUGCCGGGCCAGCCACCUGCAGGUGCGCGCAGGUGAGCACCACCUGUCCCAGGUGAGCGGCCACGAGCAGUUCGCCGCCGCCGUGGAGCUCGUGGUUCACCCGGACUUCGGCAAGGAGGAGGAAAAUCCCCAAAAUCCCGGGGAAAAAAUCGGGAAAAAUUUCGGGAAAAUUCCCGGGAAAAAUAAUUUCGGCGCGAAUUCCUCCCGGGAUUUUUUGGGGGAUUUUUUGGGGGGUUUUUUGGCGGGAGAUUCCGGCCGCUCCCACGACCUGAUGCUGCUGAGGGUGGAGCCGCCCUUUACCUGCGGGCCGCAGGUGAGGCCCUUCCCCCUCCCCGAGGCCCCGCCCACCCCCGGCUCCACCUGCACCGUGAUGGGCUGGGGGACAACCAGCAGCCCCGAGGAGUCGUACCCGGACGUGCCCCAGUGCCUCAAUGUCACCGUGUUUGAGGACAGCACCUGUCGCGAGGCCUACGGGGCGCAGGUGACCCCGGACAUGCUGUGCGCGGGCGUGGCCGAGGGCGGCAAGGACUCCUGCCAGGGUGACUCGGGGGGUCCCCUGCUCUGCGGGGGGCAGCUCCAGGCCGUGGUGUCCUGGGGCGAGCACCCCUGUGGUCAGCGGGGCCGGCCGGGCGUCUACGCGCGCGUGCAGCCCGAGCUGGCCUGGAUCCGCGCGGUCAUCGGCGCCGACGGCGCGGCCACCGGCCCCGGCUGUGGCCCCCAGUGACCCCGAGUGACCUCGAGUGACCCCGAGUGACCACCGACCCCGAGUGUGAUCCAGAGUGACCCCGAGUG